GGCAUUUUGCCUAUCUUAUCCGGCGGUACCCUUUAGUUCUUAAAAUGCAAGGAUGUUUAAGCGCUUACUUUUGGAUUGUCAGUUGAUUUUCAUUUGUUUCGACGCAUAAUGCUUCUGUGGUUAGAAUGUCUCUCAUGAUUUACUUUGCGUUUUUAUGUUUUUAUUCCAGAUAACUAUGAAUGUGAAGCUAUAAUCAAUUAAAACCAUCCACUUGCCUCAAUUUUGAUGUAGUAACUAGUAACUUGGGAAAAUUGAUAUUAAAAAACCAACUAAAUGAAAUUUGAUACUUAUAUACCGGAUUGAUCGAUUACGUGAUCGCAGAGGAUCGCAAAAAAAUGUAUUUCAACAGCCAGUCACCAAGCGAGUGCUUUUCGAUUUUUUUGAUAAUUUUGCUGGGCUUACAACCAGAAGGUGUGACACUGUUAUCCAGUCAGGUUAAAGUAUUCUCUGACAACAGUACUCUAAAAUUUAAUAAGUUGGCCGUAGCUGAUGAAUCAGUGAGAUCGAUUUUUGUCGGUGCAGUUAACCGUUUGUAUCAAUUGUCAUUUGAUCUUGAAUUGUUGGCAAAUAUUACAACUGGACCAUUUUCUACAAAUUCUUCAUUUACAAAACCUGGCUAUAAUGAGAAUGUGAACCCCAAAUCAAUGGAUAAUCAUAACAAAAUUUUGCUGGUAUACGGAGGUUUUUCUAAUAAACGUUUGAUAACUUGUGGAACCCUUCAGUUUUGCAGUAUAUAUUAUUUGGAUAAACCGAUUUCAGAAUCAAACGCUAUAAAAGUAUUUGAACCCGUUGUGACAAACGCUCAUACUGCAUCAACUGUAGCUACUAUUAAGACUUUUUGGGACACUAGAGAUUAUAAUGCUGAAAUAUACACUCUAUGGACAGCGCAAUCGCGCAGUAACUUGACUCAGCCAUUCGAAGUGCCUGCUCUUGCUGUGAGAAAUUUACCUUCUUUCAAAUUGAGUAACAAUUCCAGCAAGAUUUUAUUCAAUAGCGAAUAUCGCGAUAAAUAUAUUAUAAAUUACAUUUAUGAAUUUCAUAUUGAUAUGCGUAUGUUCUAUGACAAGACCUUCAUUUUAACAACUCAGCAAAGUUCUGCAACAGAAACAUCUCCAUAUAUUUCAAAAAUAAUUAGGAUUUGUAAUGAAGGUGAUGGGAAAGAUCUUGUUAGCGGGUAUGCUGAGAUUCCAAUUGAGUGCAUUGUAGAAGGAGAACGUCCCUAUAAUUUGGUUCAAGCAGCAUAUUUUCUAUGUACCAAUGCGGGAGAAAAUUUACUGUUUGCAAUAUUCUCUCAGAGUGAAAAUAUGAACUCACAGAAACCAAAUAACCGUAGUGCCCUAUGCAUGUAUUCACUGGAAGAUAUUGACAGAAAAUUUGAUGAAAAUAUAAAAAACUGUUUCGAUGGAAAUGGAAAUCCAGGGCUGGAAUUUAUAUCACCUGGAAGACAAUGUAUAAAAGAUAGUAAUGAUAAGGAUUCCUGUCCAUCAGGCAUAAACAUGCCCAUUGGUGGGAGUAUUCCAAUAAAAAUGCCUUCUUUGCUAACAUUUGAUGCACAUCUGACAGCAAUUGCAGCAAGACGUUUGGUACAGGCUCUCCACAUUGAUGUGUUUGUUGGUACAAGUACCGGGCACUUGAAAAAAAUCAUUGUGGCGGAUAGUACAAGUUCAUGCGAGUAUGAUGAUGUAACAAUAGAUGAGCAGUCCUCAGUAAAUGCUGAUCUCUUAUUUUCAUCAUAUACACUUGAGGACUUAAUAGUAAUGACUGAACAUAAGCUCACCAAAGUUCAUUUAGAAGAAGUGCAAUUUAAUUGUUCUAUGUUCAGGACUUAUGAUGACUGUGUACAAUCCAACACAAUAUGCAAUUACUGGUGCUCACAUACUGAUGAAUGUACUUUUACAAAAUGUGGUUGUGAUAUCAGAAUACAUUAUUGGAAGUUGAAAUAUGAUACCAUAAAAUCAAACAAUUAUGCAAUUAUUCAGCCAGGUGAUUUAGAGUACCUCCGACAUGACAUUUCCACAACUGUGAAAUUGAGCACCAGUGCGUUUUUCGAUCAAAUAUUAUUGAAAUUUAAAGAAUUUAUUUAUUGCAUGAUUGCUGGUGAAAAUUUCAACAUUACUUUUAUUGCAAGUGUUGGUGAACGAAUGGCGGAGUAUGUAAUUGGCUGUAGUUUUCCAAAUUCUUCACUUGCGGUACCUUCUGACAGUCGUUUCAGCUUAACAUUGUCAAUUAUAAGUACUAAUAAAAAUAUUCCAUUUGUUUGGAGCACUAACAUUUCAUUUCAUGAUUGCAGCGCGCACACUUCUUGCUUUGAGUGUACGGAUUCUAUGUCUCCAUGUUACUGGAGAACAGACAAACGGAAGUGCAUGUUCAAGCACACUGUAAAAAAACAUCAAAAAACUGUUAAUCAUUCUAAUACGCUCACCAAAUCAUGUAUAGAUGCUGCAAUUCCCACCAUUUCUUCUUUUAAGCCAACAAAAAUAUCGUUUAAAGGAGGCACUGUGAUCACCAUUCGAGGUGAAAACUUGGGUUAUUCAUUUAAAGACAUAAUGAAUCCAAUUAACAUAUCUGGGGUACCAUGCAUACCAAUUGAUGAACAGUUUGAACCCAUGAAUAAAGUUGUAUGCUUCAUUAAAAAAUCCAUUCCUCUGAUAAUUAAAGAAGAACAUUAUGGUACACGCAAAAUUGAAACCAAUUAUUCAGUUGGAGAAGGACCAGUAGAAAUGAUGGUCAAUUAUGUGUUGGCAAGUUCCAGAAAAAAUUUUACUUUUGCGGUUCCUAAAAUUCAUUCAAUGUUUCCCCUUUCGGGGUCUGUUUCUGGUGGUACCAAACUAACUAUUGUAGGUGAAGAUUUGGAUGCAGGAAGAUUGAUUUCUGUUCAUAUUGGUAAAAUACAGUGUUUUAUAUUUUCACUUGAAACUGCUAAAAUAGAAUGUAUCACUUCUCCAUGCUAUAUGUGUAAUAAGUUACUGCAAUAUGAUGUUAGCAUUACCGUUGACCGUGUCUUCAGAGAAAGUAAACCUUCAUUCCAGUACAUUAAUGAUUAUGACCACGAUGUUGAUGGUUUGAACUUGAAACCAAAAAGUAUCCCUGCUGGAGGCAUUGCUAUCAAAACUGGAUUUAAAGAUUUUUCAGAUACUAGGAAGAAGUACUUCAUUCAAUGUGAAAAAACUUCUUUUAAUGGUUCAUGUGAAAUACUACCAGUGUCUGCAGACAUUGUCUGUAAGUCACCUUACAUUCCAGGUAUCAAAAGUGAUUUGAUAAAUCCCAAUUAUCCCUUGUCAUUGAAUUGCUCAGUUAUUUGGACAGACAGUAGCGAUUUAUCCAAAAGUAUUGUAAGUGGCAACGUUCUUGUGUCUUUAAAUCCUAAUCCAGAGUUUCAUAACUUUUCUACCAGAUUUGAGGAGUUCACUGGAACUGAGUUCAUUAUUAUCAAAGGGAAUAAUGUAAACAAAUCUUGCCAAGUAAUGGAUGUACAUGUAAAGGUUGGAAACUAUAGCUGCAGUAUAAUUUCAUUGUCUCUGAAUGAAAUAAUUUGUAUUUUGAGUAGGCCCAAUUUAACCUCAUUAAUAUUUGAAGAUAACUUGAAUCAAGUACGUGAAGAGUCAGAAAACAUUCAAUUUGUAAAUUGGUCAGAUAAUUUGGAUCAUGCACGCGAUGAGUUUGAAAAAAUUGCAUUUAUAACUGUGUCAAUUGGUGAACAUUUUGAAAAUAUUGUUUUUAAAGCAAAUACAUCUACAAACAAUAAAGGAGAUACAUCUGCUAAUAAUUCAUCAGUCAAACUUAUAAUUUAUAUUGUAGUUACAGUAUCAAUAUUUCUUAUCUUCACAUUCAUCAUAGUGGGCAAGGUAUACUUGAAAAAUUCACAAACAAUGAAGCAAAUGCAACGAAGAAUGAAUAAAAUGGGCAUGGAUGCAAUCUCCAUGAGACAAGGCAUAAAGCAAGUGAUUAUAGAAAACCAAAUACAACUGGAUGGGCAUCUGGCAGAUAUGCUGAAUUUACCUAAUGUCAUGAUCGAAGCUAAUGCGUCGUAUGAAGGUCCCACUACUGAAUUGGCAACAUCUGUUGAAUAUGUUUUGCCACUGGAUGAGAAGUGGGAAUUUCUGAGAGGUAACUUGACUCUAGGAAAGGACCUGGGGGAAGGAGAAUUUGGAAAAGUUGUUCAAGGGGAAGCUGUUGGUAUCUUGGAAGAGAAUGUUACUACCACUGUGGCAGUUAAAAUGUUGAAAGAUUCCCAUUCCGAUUCAGAUAUGGUUGAUUUAGUGAAAGAGAUGGAAAUAUUAAAGUUAAUUGGAGCCCAUGAAAAUGUUCUUAGACUUCUUGGUUGUAGCACACAGAAUGGACCAUUGUUGAUCAUCACUGAAUUUGCUCAAUACGGCAAUUUGUUGGACUUUCUGAGGAAGCGUCAUCAUUUCGUUUAUCAAAAUGCAUCAGAAGUAUUGGCUGAACAAAUUUUACUAACCUUUGCUCUUCAAGUCGCAAGAGGAAUGGAAUACCUGGCAUCUAAAAAGUGCAUACACAGAGAUCUUGCUGCCAGAAAUAUUCUGGUAUCUCACGAUUUUGUGCUGAAAAUAGCUGAUUUUGGUUUGGCCAGAAAUAUUCAAAGUAAAGAAUACUAUAAAAAGAAAACAAAGGGCAGGCUGCCAGUGAAGUGGAUGGCACCAGAGGCAUUAUCACAUUUGCUGUUUACUACUCAAUCUGACGUGUGGUCUUAUGGAAUACUACUAUGGGAAAUACUGUCUUUAGGAGGUGUCCCCUAUCCUACAUUUAGAAGCAUGGACAAAUUAAUCAAGGAUUUGAAAUCAGGUUACCGCUUGGAACAACCUCCUAACUGCUCUUUGAAAACGUACAAUUUAAUGUGUGAAUGUUGGCAUUACUUACCUGAAAAACGUCCACAUUUUUCUUCAAUAGCUGAAGAGUUGUGUGAAAUGUUACCAAAUGAAGUGCUUGAUCAACAUGCAUCCGAAAACUUCUGGUUAAAUAGUACGGAGUCCAACUCUGGAAAUACUAAAAACGAAUCCAAUUCUUCUGAUACUGAAAGCGAGUACAACUCUAGCAAUACUGAAAGUGAUUCCAACUCUAGCGAUAAUGAAAAUGAAGUUGAUAAUUUGUUACCUUAGUUAAUAACAAUUCUGAUUUCAAUUUUAAUAAAAUUUAAGCCCUGA